AACUUGAACAUCCUGGAUGCCCAACAAAUGCAUCUUACCUUUGACGGUUGUGUGAAUGUUGAAGCUUCUAACCUUGUGGUGACUGCACCAGAAGAAAGUCCCAACACUGAUGGAAUUCAUGUCACAAACACCCAAAACAUCAGAAUCACAAGAAGUACCAUUGGAACAGGUGAUGAUUGUAUCUCAAUUGUAAGUGGAUCCCAGAGGGUGAUGGCCCAAGAUAUAACAUGCGGUCCUGGUCAUGGAAUCAGUAUUGGGAGUUUAGGAAAAGAUGGAUCAGAAGAUUAUGUAUCCGAUGUUGUUGUUGAUGGAGCUAAGAUUUCUGGAACCACAAAUGGAGUUAGAAUCAAAACAUGGCAGGGAGGGUCUGGAUUUGCACGUGACGUAAAGUUUUUGAAUGUCGAAAUGAAUAAUGUUACGAACCCCAUAAUCAUAGACCAAGAUUACUGUGACCAGGAUAAAGCUUGCAAAGAACAAAACUCAGCAGUCCAAGUACAAAAUGUGCUUUACCAAAAUAUCAGGGGAUCAAGUGCUUCGGAUGUGGCAAUAAAAUUUGAUUGCAGUAAGAGUCAUCCAUGUUUGGGGGUUGUGUUGCAGGAUGUUAAGCUAGGAGGAGACGGUGGCGGAGUCACUGCACAGUGCGACAACGUUAAUAUGGACCAAUUAGGAGAUGUGUCUCCAAGCUGUCCUUGUUCAGCUGAUAAUUAUUAAUGAACAUCAUUUUCUGCGAAAAAUUUAGAAAUAUCAGAAGAUUAGUUCAUGGAUUUACCUUUUCAUUGCGUGUAAGAUUACAUGUAAAUGUGAUUGAUGUUGAUUAGAAAGGUUAGAAGAAUGAGAUCUUUCAAAAUAACAAUUUAUCAAGGAAUUGUAAAUUAAUUGGUAUAAAAAUUUACACUUUAA